UGUGGCCAGCUCCUGGACAGCUCAUCCUCAGCCAAGGUGGAUCUCAAGAGCGGGCUGGAACAAUGUGCGGUGGCGCUCAACCUAUUUCUAAGUAACAAGUUCACUGAUGCCCUGGAAUUGCUUCGUCCAUGGGCCAAGGAGAGCAUGUACCACGCUUUGGGCUAUAGCACCAUUGUGGUGUUGCAGGCUGUCAUGACCUUUGAGCAGCAGGACAUUCAGAAUGGCAUUUCUGCCAUGAAGGACGCCUUGCAAACCUGCCAGAAAUAUAGGAAGAAAAGCACAGUUGUAGAGUCUUUCUCAAGUCUCCUUUCUCGAGGAUCACUAGAACAGCUGAGUGAAGAGGAAAUGCAUGCUGAAAUCUGUUACGCUGAGUGUCUCCUACAGAAAGCAGCGCUCACAUUUGUGCAGGAUGAAAAUAUGAUAAACUUCAUCAAAGGUGGACUGAAAAUUAGAACAAGUUACCAAAUAUAUAAAGAAUGUCUUUCUAUUCUGCAUGUAAUUCAGAAGAACAAACACAAACAAGAAUUCUUCUAUGAGUUUGAGGGGGGCGUCAAGCUUGGAACAGGAGCCUUUAAUUUGAUGCUGUCCCUUUUACCAGCAAGGAUUAUCAGAUUGCUGGAAUUUAUUGGAUUUUCUGGAAACAGGGAGCUGGGCCUCCUGCAGCUGCGGGAAGGUGCGUCGGGCAGGAGCAUGCGCUCGCCGCUGUGCUGCCUCACCAUCCUGGCUUUCCACACUUACAUCUCCCUGAUACUCGGUACAGGAGAAGUGAAUGUCGUGGAAGCAGAGAGCCUCCUUGCGCCCUUCCUGCAGCAGUUUCCAAACGGCUCGCUCAUGUUGUUCUACCACGCGCGCAUUGAGCUGCUGAAGGGGAACAUCGAAGAGGCACAAGAGAUAUUUCGAAAAUGCAUUUCAGUUCAGGAAGAAUGGAAGCAGUUUCACCACCUCUGCUACUGGGAGCUGAUGUGGAUCAACGUGUUCCUACAAAACUGGAUGCAGGCAUAUUACUAUUCCGAUCUCCUUUGCAAAGAGAGUAAAUGGUCCAAGGCAACAUAUGUGUUCCUGAAAGCUGCAAUUCUGAGUAUGCUUCCAGAGGAGGACGUGUUAGCAGCCAAUGAGAAUGUGGUGACCCUGUUCAGACAGGUGGAUGGCUUGAAGCAGAGAAUUGCCGGUAAAUCUCUCCCUACUGAGAAGUUUGCUGUGAGGAAGGCUCGGCGCUACUCCCCCUCCCUGGCUGCCCCCGUGAAGCUCGUCUUGCCAGCCCUGGAAAUGAUGUAUGUGUGGAAUGGCUUUUCGAUAGUGGGGAAAAGGAAAGACCUUUGUGAAAGCCUCUUGGUAACCGUUGAGAAGGCCGAGGCAGCUUUACAAGAUGAAGGUUUCAGUGAUUAUUCUAUGGACGAUGAGUGCAUUGUGAAGCUACUUAAAGGUUGCUGCCUCAAGAGCUUACAGCGGCCCUUGCAAGCUGAGCUGUGCUUCAAUCAUGUUGUGGAAAGUGAAAAGCUGCUGAAGUAUGACCACUACCUAGUGCCGUUCACUCUAUUUGAGCUGGCCUUUUUAUAUAAAAGCCAAGGAGAGAUUGACAAAGCCAUAAAGGUCCUUGAAACCGCAAGAAACAACUACAAAGAUUACUCGUUGGAGUCCAGGCUGCACUUCAGGAUGCAGGCGGCGCUUCACCUCUGGAAGAGACCCUCCUCCGAGUGACCAGAGCAGAAGGAUGGGCCUCCUCAUCUAGUGCUGCGUCCACUCUAGAUUAGUUCUCUGUAAAGUGGACAAGUGAUCUUGUGAAUAAGAGACACCAAACUAGUUUUAACUGUCAAUAUUUUCUCUCAUCUGAAUGGUUUAUUGUUAGUCUAUAUAAAUUUUUUUCUUACGGAAUGCCAUUUAGUAAUAUCUAGAAAAUUCUUAUAUUUGCUUCUCCAAAAUGAAUUUCAUGUUAAUUUUUAAUGGGGGAAUGAAGAAGUCUUUUAAAAGACCAACAGGUACAAUAAAGUCUAAUUAGGUUAUUUUUUUAUGUGGAAAUUAAUAUUGUUUAAGUAGCAAAUGGCUGAGGUUGAGCUGGUUUUAAAUUUGUUGGUCAAACUCCAGAGAUAUUUCAUUGCCUAUUGCUUAAAUCUCAGAAGAUUUAAAAAAUACCUCCUUCAGAGUAAUUUAACAGUGAACUCCCAAGAACUGAAAAAGAACUGAAGGCGUGAACUGGAUUCGGGUAACAUAUUUCACAGGUUAAAGUGAACUGUAUUUGUCAAAGGUGAUAAAUACCAAAUGAUGGAGUUUUUACUAUUUGUGUUAGAUAAAGUGACACUUUUGAGAGACUGUCUUAUUUUUGAAUGUACUUAAAUAUAGUAAAUAGCAAAAUUUAAAAAACCCUGUAUAUCUAAAGGGAGGAAAAGUCAUAAUUUAGAGAUUAUCCUAAACUGUAGUGAUAAGCCCUAAAAUGUAUACAUUGAUUAUUUUUCUUAUAGGAAGCAAAAUUAAGUUUCUGCUACUUUAAAUGUUAUGUAAAAUAUUGAUAAUUUUACUCUUGGAGAUUGGUGAGGUCUCAGUUUGUAACCUCUCUAGCAGUGUGAUGGGUCCUAGACUAGAUGCACUUCCUUUCCUCGGAGAGCAGAGUCAGGGCCGAGCAGGAAGAGCGCUCGCUCCAUGCAGUCCUGCUCUGCUGCCCGUGAGCAGCCAGUCGUGGCCUGUGGGUCCUUUCUCCGUCUGCUUUGCUGUAUUUUCCUAAUCUGUGGGGUGGAGAAGAACAGGUGGCCUUCGGUGGCUUUCCAGGGCUCUCCUAGUUUCCUAACUGCGGGUAUGUACAGCAGGUCUGCAUUUUCAACAGACCGCAUUGAGUGUGUAAUUCAGACCCUUCCGGCCGCAAGCGAGCUUCACUUUGUCAGUAGCCUCCACCAUUCCCGCCACCUUCACGUGUGCAUGUUGCCGCUACGGCCCAGCCUGCACCUGCAAGGAGGGAGUCACGGAGCGGCCCUCCCGUUCUGCUUCUGUGAGCUCUCUGCUGUUCUGAAGCCGAGUCUCCCACGUUGUCUCGGAGGCCUCUCAGUGUUUGCAGCAAGAGCCCCAAGCUCCUGGGAGGGGUCCGAAGCACCUCCCUGUGGGUAGUGACUCACCUUUCGGCGCUCGGUUUUCUGAGUGGGGCUAGCGAGGUGCCGCAUGGUGCUCAUAAGGGCUCUCUGUUCAGCGACGCGCACCCUACACGCGCUACAGAGUACGAGCAGUCUUGUACUGAUUAUGGUUUUUUGUGCAUGGGUUCUAGUAGGAACAUACGUUACUGGCUGAAUCUAUAAUCUCUUCCUUUCAGUGGAAGAAGUAUAGAAGCAUGAGCACCUUUAAGCCUGCUCACGUACUUGGCCCUGCCAGCUCCCCAGCUGAUGAGCUUGCUCCUUGCCAUGCCCAGCAGUCGCUUCUGCUGCUUCCUGUAAGUUACUGAUUCUUGGUCCAACCGAGGAAGUGUUUCCUGUGGAAGAUGUUAAUGCAGGUGGAGCUGGCGUGCUGUCCCGCAGUGGCCUGGUGACGGCCCAACACGUGCACUUAGCGCAGGUUACAGAACUUGGGGCACAGACACAAGAGGAGAUAAAUCGAGUGUCAUUGUAUGUGAGUGAUUAGUAUGGAAUUGAUAUGUGUGGAAUAUAUGUUCAAUAAUUAUUUUGUGUGCAACUUUGGAAAAAGUAUAAAUUAUUUAGAAGAACUUUGGUAGUUUUAUUUUUUAAGGCAGAAAUGUCUGUGCUGUUAUAUACACAUUUUUUUUUACUUGGAGUGGAUAGUAAAAAAAAAUGAAACCAUUUAAAGCUAAAUGGUUAAAAGACUUGACUUGCUGGUCAGUGACUUGACAUAAUCAAACAAAAAAUUAAUCUGUAUGACUAAAAUUUUUAUUUUGUUUUUAUUAUUGCUUCCUAUUUUUAUAGUUUCCUGGUGUUGUGGAAAAUCUGUAAUCUGCCGGGGAUUUAUGAGUACUGUAAUAGCAUUCGUGCUAUGAAUGUUUAUGUCUGUUGCUAUGGUCACAUGCUGUGCUGGCACCAUUUCUUGUGACAUCAGCUCUCCCUGCACUUCAGACUCCUGCUUGUGAUCUCAGUUGCUGUGUGAAGGUGAGCGCCGAGCGGGCCACACUUGGCCUAAUCUUUCUGGGGCCUGCAUGAUGCGUUGGUUUGCUGGAGCAUCUGGCAGUGCAGUUUGUGCAGUUCCUGGCAUCGUUGCCUUAAUUUAUUUUUCAGUGGCAAGUCCGUGUUCUGAUGGAGCUCUGCUAAUGUCAGUGAAGGUCGUGCUUCGCUUGGUAGCUGGGGAGGAGGCAGGCGAGGUAGGCGUGGCAGCUCUCACUUGACAGCAGAGGAAAGGAAUAUCGCCUUUCUGCCAGCACUGACCUGAGCCAGGACUCAAGCACCCUGGGUGAGCAGGUCUGUGGCUACCAGCCAGUCCCCAGCUCUCAUGGAUGCGAUUUUGAGACAGGGCCUUCCCCGGUGCUGUGUCAGCUCUUGCUGUGUAUGUCUCAAGGAUGGAGCACUUGCUUCACAGGCAUGAGGCCUGAGGUCGACCCCGAGCACUGACAACCAGAACACACUGCAGGAGGCCGAGAAGGGACAAGCGGACAGAGGCUGCAGGGAGGAGAGUCCCAGGUUAGCCAGUGCGAGGCUGAGUGUUCGGCUUGGCACAGGCCGGCAGUUCCAUCAGCGCUGGUCAGGACGGGUUAGUGUGCUGUGCGGUUGUCGCUCCGCCCAGGGCGCAGGCAGGUGAAUAUGCAAUCCUGCUGCGAUUGGUUGAUAAGAGCUUCAAAUCGGUGGGGUGACGCCCAAAGAAGGACAUGCCCCCUGCAAACCAAAAUGAAUGCUGCUUCUCUGCUGCUGCAUGUGUGAGGCACUAGCAGUCUGUGUAGUAAAGCUUGUGGGGACUCCGCGUCUCGCCCAUCCCUAUGGACCGCAGAUGUUUGUGCUGGUGAGCAGCAGGCGCGUCCACCUUGGAUGGCAAAAGUAAUCAUUGAACCCGGGUCUUUGUGACAGUUGAAAACAUUCGGAUGUUACUCUGAUUAAUGCUCCAUUGAUUUACUUUUUGCUAUUUCUGUUUUUUUUUUUUUUUUGUUUUUGUUUUUUUGUCCCUAAGAUGUACUGUUCAUAAAUCAUAAGUUCAAAUACACUUAUUUGAAAUGAUUUUGUGAUUCAUCAGGCCUGGCAUGGAUCUUAGGAAAUAACCUUGACCUUUUGAGAGUCUAGAUAGUGUUGGUUCUCUUUUUGUCCUGUUCAGUGAAGUGCCCUCCCUGUGCCUGUGUAGCACCAAGACAGCGAGUGGGCAUGAGGCGAUGGGGAAUGCCAAGGCUGCCGUCUUUGUGAGCGCUAUGGGGCUUCUAGGGUCCUGCCUCCCAGCGUCCUGGUGUUGACCUGCAGUCUGUUGCCAUGAGUUGAGUUCCUAGUAUCUGUCUGUGGAGUUCGCCUUUUCUGUUUAAGUGCCCUUAUUCUUUCAGGCCAUCACGUUCAUUCUGUGGAUGACUAAGCUCACUGGCGUGUUUACUGGUUUGAUUUUGGUACCGGGAAUCAAACUGAGGACCUUGUACUUGCCUGGCUCUCACAGGAAUGUUUAAAUAUUAGUUGUACCCACCUCUUCCCUCACUGAUCUCCUUGUGUACCACACUCAAAAUCCUUACUUUGGUGCUUGCUAUUUAAUCUGAUUUUCUAGACAUUGCUUGCUUUUUCACAAACUACAGCUGUUAGGAUUGUAGAUGAGUGAUUCACUUUUGAACUAUUAGAUUUCAUUGAUUAAAA